AUGCCAACACGCUCGAUUUCAGUUAUUAGUAUAUCAUCUUCGGAAGAUGAGGCUGCCCCGCUUACCGAAGGAAAACAAAAGUCUGAGAGAAAGCAAAAGGCUAUCGAUCAUCCUGCCAGUGCUUCUUCCUUCCCCCCGCCUACUUCAAACACAGGCCAUAGCAUUGGGCCCACAAAAUCGCGCGCGGUUCCUUCGACUGGUCAUCUUCAGCCUGUAAAGCCCGUUAUACCAACACCCCCUAUUGCGUCUAUGGCUCCGCCCUUAGCCCAACCAUCUCGCCUUUCUGCGCGUCGAAAUAGGUCUCCCCGUCGUUAUAUGGUAGCAUCGAAUUGUUAUCCCAGGUUGAAAACACACCGUAUUGCACCCAUGGCUCCACCCUUGGCCCAACCAUCUCGCUUUUCUGAGCGACGAAAUAAGUCGCCCCCUCGCCAUAUGGUGGCAUCAAAUUCUUCCAGGUCGACUUCUUCAACCGCACGUACGUUACCACCCACUGCUCCAGCUGAGCCAUCCACCAUGCCUCAUAUUAACAUUCGAGCACGUCAACGCGCGGAGCGUCCUCUCCGUCCUACACAACGUCAGGCCGGCAUCGAAGAGGUUUUGCCUAGUGACCCCAGGCCAUACACAGUUGCAGAGGUAGCUCCCCCUGCUGGUGCUGAACGUCUCGUCGCCCCGGUUCCUGCAGCCGCGCCUUCUGCUGUCGUGACACAAGCUCGUCAACUCGAGCCACCUCCUUUAGUGCGCGCGCCUCGUCCUACUAUGCAGGUCGAGGUUGUGAUUUCUUCUCGCCCGCCUGUUCUUACACGUCGAGGACGACGUACGGGCCUCUCUGCACCAGUCCGCCAAGUCGUUGCCAGCCGCGCCCCUUCUUCAAUCGAGGACGAGGAUGGCACCAUUGACUCCUGA